UAUCACACAUACUCACAAAUGCUAUAGGGAUCGAUCUCUGUUCAGAUCCAGAAAGAGUAGAGAGAACAGAGAGGAGAACAGAAGAGAAGAGACGACUUCCGCUUCCAUUUCUCACUUCCAAACAACAACGCAAAACGCCUCAAAUCUUUCCCCUCUCAAUCCUACCCUUCACGGGUAUUCAGAUCCAACCCGCAUUUACCCUCCUCCUCCAUAGCAGAGGCGAUGUUUGCUUCUCUCCGAUCGCUCUCCAUUCUCCUUCUCUCCGCCCUCUUCCUCGUCAGCCCGAUCUGCGCCAAGUACCAAGAUGCUGAACCUGUUACUUUAUGGGUAAACAAGGUUGGACCAUAUAAUAAUCCGCAAGAGACCUACAACUAUUAUACCCUUCCAUUUUGCCGCCCUUCUGGGAAUGCUGCACACAAAUGGGGUGGCCUUGGCGAGGUCCUUGGGGGGAAUGAGCUUAUUGACAGUCAAAUUGACAUAAAAUUUAAGAAAAAUGUAGAUAAGAGUUCUAUUUGUGAACUUGAAUUGGACGCACCUAAGGUUAGGCAGUUUAAGGAUGCAAUUGAUAAUUCAUAUUGGUUUGAGUUUUUCAUGGAUGAUUUACCUCUGUGGGGUUUUGUGGGGGAAGUGCUUAUUGAUAGAAAUCGGGAUACUAAGCAUGUCCUACAUACCCACAAGAAUAUUCUGGUCCAGUACAAUGGGAAUCAGAUCAUUCAUGUUAACCUCUCCCAAGAAAGCCCUAAACCACUUGAGGAAGGUAGAAUACUGGAUAUGACAUACUCAGUGAAAUGGCUUCCAACCAACAUCAGUUAUGCACACCGCUUUGAUGUUUAUCUGGACUAUCCCUUCUUUGAACAUCAGAUCCACUGGUUCUCUGUAUUCAAUUCAUUCAUGAUGGUUAUCUUUCUCACUGGCUUGGUGUCAAUGAUUUUAAUGCGAACUCUCCGUAAUGAUUAUGCCAAGUAUGCUCGUGAGGAUGAUGAUUUGGAGACUCUGGAAAGGGAUGUAAAUGAAGAGUCUGGUUGGAAACUUGUCCAUGGUGAUGUUUUUCGACCUCCACAGAACUUGGCUCUACUUUCAGCUGUUGUUGGCACUGGUGCUCAGCUUGCAACACUCGUUCUACUUGUCAUUAUAUUGGCAAUUGUUGGAAUGCUGUACAUUGGGAGGGGUGCAAUUAUCACUACCUUUAUUGUGUGUUAUGCACUUACAUCAUUCAUUUCGGGUUAUGUGAGUGGAGGAAUGUAUUCGCGUAAUGGUGGUAAAACGUGGAUAAAGUCAAUGGUUCUUACAGCAUCACUUUUCCCUUUCACGUGCUUUGGCAUCGGGUUCGUUUUGAACACAGUUGCCAUAUUUUAUGGAUCCUUAGCUGCUAUUCCCUUUGGUACAAUUGUGGUUGUUUUUGUCAUUUGGGCAUUUAUUUCCUUUCCCCUGGCGCUUCUUGGUACUGUUGUUGGAAGAAAUUGGAGUGGCACUCCAAACAACCCUUGCCGUGUGAAGACCAUCCCCCGUCCUAUCCCUGAAAAGAAAUGGUAUCUAACACCAUCUAUUAUUUCUCUCAUGGGUGGUCUCCUUCCCUUUGGAAGCAUUUUCAUUGAGAUGUAUUUCGUGUUCACUUCCUUCUGGAAUUACAAGGUUUAUUACGUGUAUGGGUUCAUGCUUCUGGUUUUUAUUAUUCUGAUAAUUGUCACAGUGUGUGUGACAAUCGUGGGCACAUAUUUCUUGCUUAAUGCCGAGAAUUACCAUUGGCAAUGGACUUCGUUCUUCUCUGCUGCAUCCACUGCUCUUUACGUGUACCUCUAUUCUAUAUAUUACUACCAUGUAAAGACCAAGAUGUCGGGCUUCUUCCAAACCAGCUUUUAUUUUGGAUACACUUUGAUGUUCUGCCUCGGUUUGGGGAUACUCUGUGGUGCGGUUGGGUACCUGGGAUCUAAUUUGUUUGUGCGGAGGAUUUACAAGAACAUUAAAUGCGACUAAACAUUGUGGUCUGCAGUGCAUACGAUGGGGGUUGUGGUUUGGCAUUAAGUUUUACUUACCACAAUAUCAGAUCAGGUCUAUAUACUCACUCUCGAGCGUUAAAUGCCCAAGACGAUGAUGAUGAUAUUAGUUAUCCCGCUUUAGUGAGAGGGUGAAUGGACAUUGUAGAUUAGAUACCGAGAAUGUUUUGAUGUCAGAAUAAUCAAUCGUUGGUUUCGACAUUAUAUUCCUGUAAACCAAAAUGGACCAUUUUAACUUGUUGUUUUGGACUCAAUUUUGAUAUAUCAUUGGUAUCCUCCUCCCUGCAUUUCAAAUGAGGUAGAAUGUUGUAGUUGGAUGGAUGGAUAUCAUCAAGUUUUAUGACAAAAGUUCAAACGUUGUGUGCUA